UCUCUGCUUUGACCAGUCUCAUGAGAACUGCGCGGUUUUCUUCCACAGCUUCACUUUGGAUGUUGGCUCUUGUCAUAUCUUUCACUCUGGUUGAAGGUCGACACCGGGUCAUCGGCUCAGGCGAGCCAGUUGUUGCUGCCGUGGGCUCUGAUGCUAUUUUGCCAUGUCGCGUGGAGCCCGAGCUCAACGUGGAGGACAUGACGUUCGAGUGGUCGACACCUGACCCAAAACACCCGCAGACCCAGGUGAUAUUUCUGUAUGUGCACCGGGACCGCAGUGAGUUGACGGCUAUGAAGAAUGCAUUCUUCAAGGACAGGACGACGCUGUCUCUGGAGAAUCUGAAACAUGGGAACAUUUCUUUGAAGAUCCUGAACGUGACACUCAGAGACAUUGGACGAUACAAAUGUUUAGUCCACAGAUUAGAUGGUGAAAAGCAGGAGGGGACUGUUGAACUCAUCAUCGCAUCAUCCUCAAAUAGUUUGACCACAGAGACGCCUCUGCAUCCCACAGAAGUCCAAACUCCAGGUCUGACAAAAGAGGUGGACCAUACUGGUCGUCCUGUUCAGCAUUUCGGUCUAGUCGCCACGCUGGUUGUUUUGCUGCUUUUGGUCGCCGGCAUUGUCGCCACAUUUUUGUUCAAAAUAAAACAUCCAAUGCAACAUGAUGUUAUCAAAAUACCUGCAGUGGACAAAACUACUUCACCUUUCGAUGCCUUGCUCAACUAUUGUUGGAUGGCAUAAACCUCGCCUGGAUUUUUUCAUUGAUUUCUAAUCCAGCAGUGCCCCCUGCAGCUGCAGACGUGAUUGGUAUGAAUGAGAUUUUUGUGACACUACAACAGGAAAAUCGUGCUGACAAAACCUCUCAUCUAAAGUACAAAAGACGUAUCUGCCAUUGAACGUGGGAUAAAGUGGUGAAACAGGACGCAGAGAUCUUUCACACUGUGGGUCACAUUUUCUUGUCUGAACAUUUUUUUUUUUAUUAAAAAAUUCAACCCAGUAAAAGACUACAUUAGCUCUCGGCUGGCCCAGAGAGUGAAAUUUUGUAAUUUUUGUAAUUCUGCAAAAUUUUGUAAGUAUUCGAGGGACCUGAGACUUUGCAAUUUUCCAAAUUACCUCAUAUGUAUUUUGUUUAAAGGUUUCUGUAUAAAAUUGACCAACAGUAAUGUAACUCAUUUACACCUGUAUUACCAUAUUCGCCCAUCAGUGGGCCCAGGGACAAGCAUCAGCACCCCCCC